AUGCUGCUGCGGGUGCGCGCCGCCCUGGGGCAGCUGGCGGCGGGGCUGGGGGCGGGCGGGCAGCCCCCCGCAGAGCCCCGGGGCGGCGGGGCCGCGGGCGGCUCCUUCUGCCGGCCGGCCUUCUUGCAGCUGAGCCCCGAGGAGCUCCGCCGUGCCGACGACCACGCAGGCCGAGCGGUGCAGAGUCCCCGCGACGGCCGCCGCCGCCUGCCCUGGAGCACGGGCUACGCCGAGGUGAUAAAUGCGGGGAAGAGCCAGCACAAUGAGGACCAGGCGUGCUGCGAGGUGGUGUUUGUGGAGAGGAGGCCCAGCCCGAGGGCCCGGUUGCCGUCCUGGGAAGGCAGCAGGGAGCUGGAUGGGGGCAGGAAGGGUUUUUAUUUCCACUACUGGGCCUUGUUUGAUGGCCACGCAGGCAGUGGUGCUGCUGUCAUGGCAUCCAGGAAGCUCCACCUGCACAUCUGUGAGCAGCUACGGGACCUCGUGGACAUCCUGCAGGACCCCUCUCCACCUCCCAUCUGCCUUCCACCUGACACGAGGGCUGGCCCUGGGGAGCUGAGCCGGGUGUCCCUAGCAGAGGACGAUGGGGAGGUACCCAAUGAUGCCAUGCCACAGUUUCACCUGGAAAAAGUGGUCUCUCAUGAGAGUCUGGUGAUUGGUGCCAUCGAGAAUGCCUUUAAGCACAUGGAUGAGCAGAUCGAGCGGGAGCGGGUCCCCCAGCGCCUGUCUGGGGGCUGCUGUGCCCUGGCUGCCAUCUACCUCAUGGGCAAGUUCUACGUGGCCAACGCCGGCGACAGCAGGGCCAUUAUCAUCCGUAAUGGGGAAAUCAUUCCAAUGUCCAGGGAGUUUACUCCAGAGACAGAGAGGCAGAGGCUGCAGUUUUUAGCCUUCCUGAGACCCGAGCUGCUGGGGAAGGAGUUCACGCACCUCGAGUUCCCCCGCAGGAUCCAGCCCAAGGAACUGGGGAAGAAGAUGCUGUACAGAGACCAAAGCAUGAACGGCUGGGCUUACAAAAAGAUAGAAGAGGAUGACCUGAAGUUUCCACUUGUCUACGGGGAGGGCAAAAAGGCACGGGCGAUGGCCACAAUUGGGGUCACACGGGGGCUGGGAGACCACGACCUCAAAGUGUUCAGCUCCAACAUCCACAUCAAACCUUUCUUGUCCUGUUUCCCAGAGGUCAGGGUCUACGACCUAACACAGUACGAGCACUGCCCUGAUGAUGUUCUGGUCUUGGGCACUGAUGGGCUCUGGGAUGUCACCAAUGACAAGGAGGUGGCCAGCGUGGUGAUGGAGGUGCUGACGAGCUAUGAGCCCAAUGACCCAUGCAGGUACACCAUGGUGGCCCAGGAGCUGGUGGUGCGGUCCCGGGGGGUGCUGAAGGAGCGGGGCUGGCGGCUGCCCAAUGACAAGCUGGGCUCUGGUGAUGACAUCUCUGUCUUCGUGAUCCCUUUGGGUGGCCCAGGCAACUACACAUGAUGCCUGGUGAUCUCAGGGCUCGCCUUGCCUGGACAGGGACGAGCAGGACCCUGGUGCUGCCUUGGGGCCACCUCUUCCCUGAGCACUCAUUUCCUGAGCCAACCACAAGAAAUCUGGAGCCUGUCCUGUGUCCCUGCCCCGAACAUUCCCCUCCACCUGCUGCAUCCCAGCCCAGGUGGAGAUGGACAGAGAACAGGGGCUGGGGUUGAGGCCACUUUCUUGGUUGCUGUGAAAGCCUGAAGGCUCCCUGGCUUCUCGGAGCUUUUCACCUCGCCCUGGGCCUGGGUAUGGCUAUUGGGCUGGUGGGGCACGUGUACCUGGAGAAGCCUGUACCCGCUGCAAUCGUCACCCCUUCCCCUGUUCUGUGACACUUCCACUGGUGACAUCAAAGCUUUUGUGGGGCUGGGACAGGCCAUGGCUGGGGGUGACUGCUGGCAGCCGGGCAAUGCUCAGUCUGGCAGGAGUCCAGUGGUGGGCGGUGUGGUGGUGGGUGAGCCCCAUGACUAACAUCCCAGCUCUGUGCUCACCCUCUCCUCACACCUUUGUCCCAGCCACAUACCUUGUCUUAGCCUCCAGUCUGGGAGGAUGGGGCAGUGCUCGGUCCCUGUAGCGCAUCGAGAGCCCCGGGAAGGAAGGAGCUACUGCACUUGCACAGGCUGUGCCACGCGUUCUGCCCCCACCUCUCUUCCUGCCUUGGAUCACUGCUGUCUUUCUGGAGCCAAUUAUUUAUUAUUAACUGGAGAGCUGAGCUGGAAAAUGUCUAAAUCCUUUCUUGGUGUGGCCAAUCAGUAUGAAUAUGUGUCUAUAUUUUUGAGUGGUUCUAAGUUGGCAGCAGCUGUGCACAGAGCAGCCCUAUUCAGCCAAGCUUAACAGCUUAAAUGUGCUACAUGGAUCUGCUUAGCUGAGGGCUGGAGACUCACAAUAAAAGCAGCUUGGUUGUGACUGGGGCAGGGGGGAAAGACAAUUGCUUCCUUUUUCUUAAUAAUCUCAAAGCUAGUGCUGAGCAGAGCUGUAGCAGCUUUUGAUCUCUGCACAGGGUCUUACAUCACACGCACCUCUGACCUGGAGGAUGCAUUUCCUAGAAUGCUGCAGAGCGUUGCAUCCUCCCAGAACAUGAGGGAUGGUCCCAUCCUGGCAACAGGGUGAUGGAGAUAGCUGGGCCAUGGCCCCUUGUUUUGGAAAGGCUCUGGCACCACUCAUUUGUGUCCUGCUGUCACUAGGUGCAGCCAGCUCUUGUCAAGUGUCACCUGUGGUGAAUGUUGUUUGCCUCUUGUAAUCAGUGAGAUGUAAAUGAACUGGGUGCACUUAAUAGGAAGUGAAAGUUAUCCAGCAAGAUCUUAAACUUGACAUUCUCUGUGCUGAAGGGAGCAGGGAGUGGUACUGGGGCUGGGAGCCUGUCCUUGCAUAGCACUGUGUGUUUAAAUAAAGGUUUUGCCACUUGCAA